GUAGGGGGCACUGUGUAGCUGCAAUUGUAUGGCAAGCGCUGGUUUUACGGGACUAGAAUAAGAGCAGUGUCACGUGACCGUCCAUCGCGGCAGCACCCGGCGUGCUCCCCGGCGUGUUUGGGAGCAUUCACUCGGUGGAGUAAUUGCAACGAUGCCGUUUGAGGAACUGGCGACACGUCUGCGGGAUUGCGGCAUCGGCGAGGAUCAGACCUCUGACAAUGGCAGACAGACGCUCAGGCGGUUCAUCGACAAACUCACUGAAUCCUCCAGGAGCAGCGUGAAAAGGUCCAAGGAGCGCUGCUUGGACGAGGCCACGCAGCUGCUGAGGCAGAUUCCCGAGGCGCAGCUUCGAGGCGCGGGGGAGACCCAGCUCCUGCUCCUCGUCCGCCUCCUGCUCUCCCUGCAGGUGCAGAUGGCCAGCAGCUCCACGGGCUGCCGUAAAGUGGACCAGAUGCUGCAGCAUUUGGCGAAGGUGGAUCACCAGUUGGUUUUCAGAGAAACUCAGCAGUGUGUGUCUUCCAUAGUCAACACUGAGCAGAUGUUGUGUUUUGAGGAUCUGCAGAAAGCCUGCAUGUUCCUGGAAGACAGCACCGUGGGCCGCGAAGUGUGGCGUCAGUCGCACCUCGCGUGGCUGAACAAAGUGUCCGAGUUGUUCUCUGCGGUUCUGCAACAGGAAUCCCUAAGAGAUGGACCUCUGUGUUACAUCACUGUCAAGAUGUGCUUGCAGACGUUCCAGCUGCUGUCCGGCGACGUGGCCCCGCUAGUGUGGGACCCGGAGCGUGGGGUCCCUGCCGUGCAGCGGAUUCUGCAGGCGCUCAUGGACAUCAUUCUCGGACAGUGCGUCAACAGGGACACCCGUCUCUUGGCGGGCACCGCCGUGGCCAUGCUGAUCGGCACCGCGUCGGACAGCGGAGCAGGAGGGGCGGCCGCCUGGAGUCUGCUGCAGGUCUCCCGGUCAGAGCCCUGGCUGCUGGCUGUGGGAGCUCUCCAGGCUCAGUGCGUCCCUAAGGGGGAGGACGGAGUGGGCCGGUUGGCGGUGAGCCGGGGCCUCCUCGCCUGCUGUCCGCCUCCCAUCCUGCUCAGUGCACGUUCCUCAGAAGUAAAUCCAUUCAAAGUGUCUCGCUUCCGCGUUGCUUUGCUGUCACCACCGAACCCACAAUGUGCUUCGUUCCAGUGUUUGCUGCUGAAGGGUUUGUUUCCUCUGGUCUGCGGUUUGUGUGAGGAGAAGCUGGACUGUCAGUACUUUGCCUUUGAAGUGCUCAUGCUCUGGCUGAGGAAAGUGAAGGCGUGCGUGGGCGACGUGUGGGAGAUGACGGGCGGCCGCCUCCUCCCCGACAGCGGCGCGUUGCAGCGGCAGCUCACGCACAUCAUGUGGACCAAUGCUGAGAGCCCGGUUGAAGGCGUGUCCGAGCUGGUCCGCGGCGCCUUCGCUCUGCUGCUGGACCUCUAUGAGAUGGACUGUCAGCAGUUCGGUGACGCAAAGAAAACCCUUUAUUUUACUUUGCUCGAGCGAAUAUUGACGCUGCCCUGGGAAUCCAAAGCCAAAUAUCACCAUCUUUGUGCCCUGCUGCCAUACGUGGGAAGUGACAGAGUGUUGGAGCAGUGUGCCGACCUCCCUCAUCAUCUCCUAAAGUGCUUGUCCACCAAUCACCUGUCGCCCUGUGGAUCCGAGCUGUAUAAGAGUCUGAUCCAGCAGCAGCGGCGGGAGCAGGCGUCCGCUCCACACUCUGACGUGGACCUGGCUAAUCGCUGGGCGCGGCGCUGGCGGCCCUUCCUCCAGGAGGCGCUGACGUCCGACGUGACUCUCCUGCAGAGCAACAGCUCCACGCACCUGCUCCCCUGCACCCUCCGCGUCUUCCCCGGCGCCGCGGAUCACCUGCUGGCCUCGCUGGACGCGGCCGCGCCCGGCCACCUCCGCGCCUGGGCCUGCGUCGCGGCCGCCCAUCGGGCCGCGACCGGAGCCCCCCCGCGGGGCGGCUCGACCCCAGAGGCCCUCCGGCUCGCCCUGGGGUCCGCCGACGACAGGGUCCGCCUCGCCGCGCUCGGCCUCCUCUGCUGGAGCCCGAAGAGCAAAGACGCGCCCACCACGGAGGAAAUGUCCGUCAUGACCGCGUUCGUUCCUCAGAAUCUGAAUUGCGAGUCCUCGCCUUUUCGCCAGCACUUUCAGGCAGGAGUGAGGAGGUUCCUAGUUCGCAUCAGAGACGGCUGCUUGGCGCGUGUCAGAGGAGAGAGAGGCAAAAGCAGCGGCGACGCCGUGGAUGCAGAGGGGACUCCACUGGAGCAGGGAGUAGGGUUCAUAGAAUGGCUGAGUCAGCUUCCGUACAGCUGUCUGGCCUCAGGACACAGUUACCAGCGGAAGAAGACGGCGCUGCUGCUGCUGUCUGCGGUGCUGGAGACCUGCACCGACACCUGGAGCCCCGACAAAAGGAAGGGGCAGCCUCCAGCAAACAUGGGAUCUCUUAUUACCUACGCCAGAGAGAAGGGACUGUGGGAUUUCUUCUGCAGGUCGAAGCAGCUGGUCCUCAUCAGCUGUUUGGAAGAUUCUACAAACGAGAUUCGAGAGCUCUCGGCGGGUUUGUUGUUGAGAUUCUUCCCGCCCGCUUUUCCACGUGACAUUUCUUCAGUUCUCUUCACGCGGAGCAGGCGGCUCCUGUGCAGCCCUCGCGUGCAGGAGGCCCAGAUGGGCGCGCUGAUGGUCAAAGUCCUCUUCCACAAAUGGCGGGACGCGGGUCCUGCAGACGGGAGCUUGAGGAGUGACCGCGAGGCAGACGUGAGCAGCGUGGUCGGGUUCCUGGUGAAGGAGCUGGAGGAGCACUACGUGACGGCCAAGGCUGACGUGAUGCUCGCUGCCAGAACCAAGCCUGUACACGGUGUCCUCAGCGCCCUUCAGAAGUGUUUGCUUGAAGGACCCAGCGGUGUCUAUGACACACUGGACCACGGCUGGAUCGCCCAGAUCUUGGGCCUGUUGGAGAAUCUGUCCCUGCUGCUGCUCGGAGUUCUGUAUGGAGACAAAGAGGCUGGUGCCACUGAGAAAGAUGCGCCCCCUUCCUUUUGUGACAUGGGCAAUGCCAUCAGCUCCCUUAUAGCCCAGGCGUCUGGAGGAGCCCCAGGAGAUGGAGAGGAGUGUGUGCUGCUGUCUGAGGAGCACAGCCUCGUCCUCACCUGCUGCUGGGUCUCCCUUAAGGAAAUUGGCAUCUUUUUAGGUCUGCUGGUAGAGAAGCUUUUAAUCAAAUCCGGCCCAAAUGGCUGCCUUUUAACAGAACAGGAUCUAAAAAGAGCAGCAGAAAUAUUCAGGAAUAUUCUUCUCAAAUGCCGCCACUGGGGGGCAGUAGAGGGGUGCUGUGUCGGCUUCACCAAGUUCUGUGCCUCCCUGCUGAGCAGCAGCGAUCCCGAGCUUCGGAAAAUCCCGGCUCGCAUGCUGAAACAAGGGCUGCAGGUUGUGCAGUCCCCCAGCUCCACGUCGGUGACCCGGCGUGCGGCGGGUCUGCCCAUGCUCAUCCUGUGUGUGGUGUCAGCGGAGGAGGCCUGUAAAGCCAGAGCGCUGCUGGCGGACAGCGUGCAGACCUUGUUGGACACGGCCCGAACGCCUCUGCCCGAGAACUGGGACCAAACGCUGGACCUGCCCCAGGUGUGUGCGGUCCACACUCUGCAGGCGCUGGUGCGUGGCUCAGGCCUGGGACUGGCUCUCCUCCAGUUCGCCCCCGUUGUCGCCAUCCUGUCGCUCACACUGCUCAGCUCUCCUUGCUGGGCCGUGAGGAACGCUGCUCUGCAGCUUUACAGUUCCCUGUGCUCGCGGCUGCUCGGUCAGCAGCCCGGCAGUGAGGACGGCAGCCCCGCUCAGCACUGCGUGUCGCCCUCCGGCUUCUUCUUUCACUACCCUGCGCUCCAGCCCUUCCUGCUGGACGAGCUGAGAGGAGCGGCGCGAGACCACCGGGGUUCGCCUCAUGAGGCCAAGCUGCACCUCCAGCCCUCGCUCCACCCUGUCCUCACCCUGCUAGCCCAGCUCCAGCCUGGCGCCCAAGACUCCACAGAGUCUUUGUCAGACUUUCUGCCUCCUUUGCUGCAACUGUCCUCCAGUCCUAUUUACAGUGUGAGGGUGAUGGCCUCCAAGGCAUUGGUUGCCAUGACUCCCCCUUCUGAGUACAUGAACAUCCUCAUCAAACUUACAGCCCAGCUGCCCAGUCCCGAGGAGGGCUGCAGCCACAACCGGCUGCAUGGACAGCUGCUGCAGGUUAAAGCUCUGUUAGACAGAGCUCUGUGCACGGACAGUCUCCCGUCAGCAGGCCUCUCUGAAGUGCUGGACAGGGUCUGGGCCUCUCUGUGGUUGGGGACUGGAGCUCAGCACUGCCCCCUAGUGAGAGCAGCGUAUCUCAGCGUCGCAGAGUCUCUGCGAGGAUUCUGCAGUGAGGCCUAUGUGACAAAGCUCAGUGAGACUCUCCUGCAGGACCUCCAAACGCCCCAACAGGGGCUUCAGGUUGGGUUGCCCUCGUUCCAUCAACAAGCUGUUUGCUUCCUGUGCGCAGAUGCGCGGUGGGCAUGUCACAUCUGGGACAGCUUCCCCGCAGCAGGCCAGGACAUUAGACUGGUGUUACUCACGUGGGCGGUGGAUGGGCGAGGUUCGCGGCAGACAGCCCUGAAUGAGGCGAUCAGGAGGGUGUUGCAGUCGAACCUGAUGGAGGCGUUGUCGAGCCACAGUGUGCAGUACCGCAGGACCUACCUCACAGCCCUGGUAGCGACGAUGGCCCGGGCCGAUUUCGCUUCACCUCAUCCUCCUCCUCAGUCUGCUCUGCUGGAGGAGCCGGUUCUGCCUGAGUGUCUGGAUUGGUUGCUCGGGAACCUGGAGGAGCAGCAAGGCGGGCCAGAAUCUCUGUCUCAGGCCCUCUACGCAGCGAGUCUGCUACUCUCCCAAUGGCCAGACUCCAGGUUGAAGGCAUCCAUGAUGCAGCGCUUGUGUAGCGUCUUGGAACGCCACCGGUCCCCAGAGGCCCCUGAGGUGCUCAGAAUGGCGUGUGCUGAGGCUCUAGACAGCCUGAGUCAAAGCCUGAGGGAAAGCAGCAGCGCCAUCAUGAUCAGCUUGAUCAACACAGGCCUUUACCUGCUGCAGGACCAAAGCCAGGCGGUGAGGGUGAAGGUGGCCCGUUUUGCCUCCGUGCUGCACCGUGUGAGGCAGGGUGAAGGCGCGAGCAGCAGCUAUGUCGCACAGGUCAACCAGGCUCUGCCGCUGCUGUUGGACAUGCUGCUGGAGCAAUGCUGGGACACCCCAGGCACGCUGGAGGUGCUGCUGUGUCACCUGCCCCAGUCUGACCUCAGAGCUGUGCUGAGAGAGGCCUCGGGCUCAGGGCGUUCCAGUCUGUACGAGCAGGACGAGGCCAACGUGUUUGCGGAGCCGGCGGCGAUGUCGGCACACGUGCUGCCUUACCUGCUGCAGGUGGCUGAGAAACGCUCUGAAUCGCCCGCUUUGGCCCAGAGCCUCGUCGCGUGGGCAGAGCAGAAUGCUGCCCAGGUGCUAGACGGCGUCGCAGUCUGCAGGGAGAUGCUUCCAGCUGAGGCCUUGACCCCCACCUGGCUGGCUCUCCUGGUGAACCACGCUUUCCACAGCGCUCUCUGUGGCCUGUUCUGCAGAGCCGCCUUCCUCCUCCGCCUGCUAAACACAGCUGAGGGCGCAGGACGCCCGUUCGACGCGUCCUCCCUGCACGCGGAUUUACAGAAGGCUUGUCGUGUGCUCUCCCAGAACGGCGUCCACCUUCCUGCCGCCAUAAGAGCGGCUGUUGCUGGGGAGCUGCCGCUGUGAUGGGACCAGACGUCUUACCUGUAGGGGUUUCAGCAGGGUAACGCUGCAGCACACCUCAAGUUGUCAGGCUCAAUGACUUAUGCAAGAGCUCAGUGGCUGCCGUCCAUCUGCUCCCCAUCAUCGUGUUACCUACACAGAGAAGGCGAACACAGCGAUGAGCUGCCACGUGGACAAAACGGUUCUUCCCUAUAACUUCAAGGCAUGUUCUUGAUACAGUGCGUUUGACAUUCUAUCCAGAGGCACAGCCACCGGUGAAGCCCCAGGCCCGUGGUUCCGAUCCCAGUCUGCUCCGUUUAUACUCCCAGAUCAGCCCUCUGAUGUAAUGCAGCAGCAUCCGUCCGUAUUGGUUUCUUACAGCGCAGCAGGGAGGAGCUGAUGAGUCUCUGCUUUAAUGCUCCAUUAGAGGCUGUGCGUUGGAUAAGUGUCCAUUCUCAGGCCGCAUGGGGGCUGAAGAUGAUUGACCGAUUUAAUGGAGUACAAGACGAGCAGACGGUUGCUCAGCGACCGACCACACAUCAGAGCAGAGUUACAUCACCGGUAGCCCCCCUGCUGUGAGUUGUUAGACGAGCUCUGCCACGAAGGCUGCACAUGCUGCACUGUUUGGCUACUAAUGACAUGUUUAUGGAAAUGUAUAUGCUCAUAAAUUGUAUAUUUUUCAGCGGUGAUCACAUUUGCACAGCAUCAUUGAUCAUCAUCUCACUAUAAACCGUCAACGAAUGCUCAUUGUUUUACACACUGUACAUCUGACUACACAAAAGUUUCCAAUGUGUGUGUAAAACUGUUUUCUUGCAGGCUUCUAAAUUACGCAACAUGGCGUCAUUGUAUCAGCAUAACUUUUACUGAUACCCAGGACCAAGGUAACACCUGGUAGAGAGCUCUGAGAUUAGAUUGCGAAUGCGAAGUUGAUCAAAGAGCCGUCAGUCUGCAGAGUUAUCCUAUGAGGAACUGUGCAGCAGCCCUCAAUUUCAAGUAUGUACUGAUUGAUGAAGAUACCAUUUUAAACUCGUUUUUAAAUAAAAAGCUUUUUUAGUUUUGAGAGAA